AUGGGGGUGUCCCGCGUGCUGCGGCGCCUGAGCGGCGUCCCCUCCUCGGCUGAGGAGGACCAGGCCGAGGGCGGCGGCUUGGCGGCCUGCCGCAAUGGGCGCUCCCCGGGGGGCGCCGAGCUGGGCCUGGGCCCCCGGCGCCGCGGCCGCUUCGUCAAGAAGGACGGCCACUGCAACGUGCGCUUCGUCCACCUGGGCGAGCACGGCGCGCGCUACCUCAGCGACCUGUUCACCACCUGCGUGGACGUGCGCUGGCGCUGGAUGUGUCUGCUCUUCUCCUGCUCCUUCGUGGCCUCGUGGCUGCUCUUCGGCCUGGCCUUCUGGCUCAUCGCCUCCCUGCACGGCGACCUGGCGGCGCCCCCGCCGCCCGCGCCCUGCUUCUCGCAGGUGGGCAGCUUCCUGGCCGCCUUCCUCUUCGCCCUGGAGACCCAGACAUCCAUCGGCUACGGGGUGCGCAGCGUGACGGAGGAGUGCCCGGCCGCCGUGGUGGCCGUGGUCCUCCAGUGCAUCGCCGGCUGCGUGCUGGACGCCUUCGUGGUGGGCGCCAUCAUGGCCAAGAUCGCCAAGCCCAAGAAGCGCAACGAGACGCUGGUGUUCAGCGAGAACGCCGUGGUGGCGCUCCGGGACCACCGCCUCUGCCUCAUGUGGCGCGUGGGCAACCUGCGGCGGAGUCACCUGGUGGAGGCCCACGUCCGAGCCCAGCUGCUGCAGCCUCGCGUCACCCCGGAGGGCGAGUACAUCCCCCUGGACCACCAGGACGUGGAUGUGGGCUUCGACGGGGGCACAGACCGCAUCUUCCUGGUGUCGCCCAUCACCAUCGUCCACGAGAUCGACGCCUCCAGCCCCCUGUACGAGAUGGGCCGCGCCGAGCUGGCCAGGGCAGACUUUGAGCUGGUGGUCAUCUUGGAGGGCAUGGUGGAGGCCACAGCCAUGACCACCCAGUGCCGCUCCUCCUACCUGCCCGGGGAGCUCCUGUGGGGCCACCGCUUCGAGCCUGUGCUCUUCCAGAGAGGGGCCCAGUACGAAGUGGACUACCGGCACUUUCACCGAACCUAUGAGGUUCCCGGAACCCCGGUGUGCAGCGCUCGGGAGCUGGAGGAGAGGCAGGCGCUGGGGGACAGUGAGAGCCCCGGGCCCAAGGGGGGCCUGCCUGGCGCCCUGGCUGCCUUCUGCUACGAAAACGAGGUGGCUCUCAGCUGCUGCCAGGAGGAGGACGAGGCGGAGGAGGAGAGGGGGGAAGCCCAGGACGAGGCUGGCUCCGGGGCCCCCAGCCCACCCCUGGCCCCGUCCCCUGAAUUGGCCUCACCCCCCUGACGGAGCCAGGCAGGGCUGGGGGACUGCAAUUCCCAAUAUUACGGGCUCGGCGCGGCGGCCUCCCCAGGGGAGGUGGGAGUUGUAGUCUUUGGUGGGGCAGGACUUUUGCUGGGGCCUAGCUAGGAUGGAGGGGGAGGCUGUGCAUGCACCCUGAACCCUGGACCUCCGCAAGUGGGGAGGAGGCUCUGGGGGGGGAACCUUCCUGACGAAUGGGCCGCCCCCGCCUCACCGCCCGCCCGCCCCUUUGACCCCCUCGGCCCGUCUGCCUAACCCUGUCCUCGCAGGCUCCAUCCUGCCUGGAAUCCCAGAGGCCGGGGGGCCAGGCUUGUUCCAGACCCCCGGACUCCCAAGCAGAACAGGCCGUGGAGGGCCCGGGAGGCGGCUGAGCAGGGGCAUCCCCGGGUGCUCUGGGCCACGGCAGCGGGCAGGGUCUGUCUCCAGAAUGCCGUGCAUAUCUAUACCUAGCUACAUCUAUAUAUUCUUCCUUUUUCCCGACUUUGCUGCAGAAGGGGUGGGAAAGCGUGGCCUUGGCCUCAGCAGGGAGGUCACCGGGGAGGGCAGGGGCCCUCGGGCCAGCCCCUUCCCCUCCGUUCAGCUCGGACGGCCGGGGAACCUGUGACUUCAGUGCCCUGGGAGGUGGCACCGCAGACAGGCUGGUCGGGAGCCACCCAAGCCUUCCAGGCUCUCGGGGGACUCUUCUGGAAGGCCCGACCUGGCUCGGCCUCUGGACACUGGGAAGGCUGCAGCAUGAGUCACCCCAGCCUGAGCUGCGUGGGGCAGAAGGCCGCCCUGCCUUGUCCCUGCCUGGGCUCUAGGGCGAGCGUGGAGGACGGUGUGGGACCCUGGGGUCCUUUCCACCAUUGCCUGGGGGUGGAGGGAACCGUCUUACCCUUGCCCCCAGAAUAAAGAAUUGUGA